AUGACUGAACCACCUGCUGGUCCAUUUCGUCCAUUCAAGAGAUCCAUGACUCUCCUGCCGUCGCCACUCGCUCAGUCUACCUUGAGCGAGAAGGCCGCCCUUUAUUUGGAUCACGUCACAGACAAUCUCCCCGUGUUCCUACAUUCCCUUCGUCCUCGACUGGACCCGUGGCUGACAUACUCGACCACGUCCUUCCGUUCGAUCGCAAAGGCCCUGCCAUUUGACGUCGACGAACAAACCACUGCUAUCUGUGCGGCUGUUCUCGUCUGCAUCCUUACAAUUGCCGCGAUGAGUUGGUCAAACCCCCUAUCCAACCUCUGGCGCCGCACUGCCCCGCAGGUCAACGACGAAGAUUACAGUUAUAUCACACCGGACUAUAUCGAGCCCUCGGCCAAUCAGACUCGAUACGACCCAAAUGUGGAUAAUAGCGAGCCAGACAUCAUCUGCCUUCGACACCGUGGCACCAUCUACCCUCUUCACUUCCGCGCAUACGCCAUCGAUGACGGGGUGCUGACCGUGGGCGCACUGCGGGAGGAAGCCGCACGACAGACCGGCGCAAAUAACCCUCACCAAGUCCGGUUGCUGUACAAGGGGAAUCUUCUCAAGGAUGAUAGUCGUUCAUGCAAGACCGAAGGACUCAAGCAGCACUCGGAAGUGCUGUGUGUGGUCUCCGAGGUCGGCGCCAACACCCCGAGCGAGGUCUCCGAUUCAUCGCGUUUAGAUGGAGAGGAUGAAGACGCUGGUUCACCCACCGAGAAAAGCAAAAAGAAGAGGUCCAAGAAGAAGUCUAAGAAGAAGGCUCCUCUACCGGAGACCGCACGGCCGGAGUCAACCCCCGCCCCCAGCUCUAACCCAGCCCUGCCACCCAAUCUCAAGCUUAUACCCGGUGCGCUAGAGAAGUUGGCUGCUUUGACUGGAUACCUCCAACAGGUGCUCAUCCCCGCGUGCGAUGAAUUCUUUGCCGAUAUGCCCACGGACCCCAAGAAGCGGGACUUUGAAUACAAGAAACUCAGUGAAACCAUCUUAGCCCAGAUCAUGCUGAAGGCAGACGGGAUCGAACCCGAUGGCAACGUCGAGGUGCGCAAUGCCCGCAAAGCCUUGAUCAAGGAGGCCCAAUCCUACCUCAACCGAUUGGAUGAGGCGAAACAGGAAUAA